AUGACUCCAGAUCAAGUACCAAUAUGUGACCAAGGGGAGCAGGAGGAGUGUGGGACUCAGGUGUGUGGGACUCAGGUGUGUGGGACUCAGGUGUGUGGGACUCAGGAGUGUGGGACUCAGGUGUGUGGGACUCAGGUGUGUGGGACUCAGGAGUGUGGGACUCAGGUGUGUGGGACUCAGGAGUGUGGGACUCAGGAGUGUGGGACUCAGGAGUGUGGGACUCAGGUGUGUGGGACUCAGGUAUGUGGGACUCAGGAGUGUGGGACUCAGGAGUGUGGGACUCAGGUGUGUGGGACUCAGGAGUGUGGGACUCAGGUGUGUGGGACUCAGGAGUGUGGGACUCAGGUGUGUGGGACUCAGGUGUGUGGGACUCAGGAGUGUGGGACUCAGGUGUGUGGGACUCAGGUGUGUGGGACUCAGGAGUGUGGGACUCAGGAGUGUGGGACUCAGGUGUGUGGGACUCAGGUGUGUGGGACUCAGGAGUGUGGGACUCAGGAGUGUGGGACUCAGGUGUGUGGGACUCAGGAGUGUGGGACUCAGGAGUGUGGGACUCAGGAGUGUGGGACUCAGGUGUGUGGGACUCAGGAGUGUGGGACUCAGGUGUGUGGGACUCAGGUGUGUGGGACUCAGGAGUGUGGGACUCAGGUGUGUGGGACUCAGGAGUGUGGGACUCAGGUGUGUGGGACUCAGGAGUGUGGGACUCAGGUGUGUGGGACUCAGGUGUGUGGGACUCAGGAGUGUGGGACUCAGGAGUGUGGGACUCAGUGUGCCAUCGGCAAGGGUUACGGGAUUCACACUGACACCGAGGCAGAAAAUAUCUCAAAGAGAGAAGAUUUAGAUAACACAGGGUCCUGGGACCUGAUAAGACCAACCACAGGGUCCUGA